UCUAAAUGCUAGCAGAAUUCACAAAAGAGUCGACCUUGGCGAGCUUGCUGCAUACAAACUUUUUGAGCCAGAACCGCAAAAUUCUGGGAGCUAUGUUUUACUUUUGAACAUUUAUGCUCCUAAAGGGAGGUGGGAAGAUGUUGAGAGGAUAAGGAAGGUAAUGAGAGAAGGGGGAGUGAAAAAGACGACUGGAUGGAGUUGGGUGGAAUAUGGUGGUAAAAUGCACAAGUUUAUAGUCGGUGACCAAUAACACGAAAGAUCGAGUGAAAUUUAUCGGUUACAUAUGGAACUGAGGAAGAAGAUGAGGGCUGCUGGAUAUAUUGCUGAUAAGAGCUGUGUAUUGAGAGAUGUUGAGGAGGAAGAAAAGGAAGAGACGGUGGGUACCCAUAGUGACAAAUUGGCUAUUGCUUUUGCUCUACUGGUUAGUGAAGCAGGGUCAGUGAUAAGCGUAGUGAAGAAUCUGAGAGUGUGUUGGGAUUGCCAUAUGGCUAUCAGGAUGAUUUCAGAAUUGGAGGGGAGAGAGAUUAUUGUUAGGGACAACAACAGGUUUCAUGCAUAGUUUCAGCAAAGGACAGUGUUCUUGCAGUGACUACUGGUGAGUUUAGUGGUGUCACUUGUUUUUUUGACCUUUCAAUUUGGGCACUGGAAGACCAGUGAUCAAAACCAGCAGAGUAGAAGAAGGAUAAGAUGGUAGUUGCUGCACUAGCUCGUGAGUGCUCUGGAAAGG